AUGUCAAAUGGAUCUCAGUCGCAGAUGAACAUUGCUGUUGGUGUGGGGUUUCUGGAAAGAGUGAUGCUUUGUACUGUGUUUACAUCACCAUGCUGCAUGCUCGUCUUCAUUAAUGCGACCAUGUUAUUCACCUUGAGGAGUAAAUCUGUGUUUCGUGAGACCUCCCGUUACAUUCUUCUGUAUAACCUCCUUUUUGCAGACACUGUACUGCUGGUACAGGGUCAGUUAAUGUACAUAAUGGCUACUUGUAGAAUAACAAUGUCUUAUCCUGUCUGUGGUGUUCUCACCAUGCUCGCAAAUCUCACAACUGUGAUCUCCCCUCUCACACUGGUGGUGAUGUGUCUGGAGAGAUAUGUGGCUGUGUGCUACCCACUGAGGCACGCUACCAUCAUCACAGUCAGAAACACAGGCCUGGCUAUAACUGUGAUUUGGACUGUCAGUUCAUUAAGUAUCCUCACUCGGGUACUGUUGCUGUUAAAUUUUCCAUUUGAAGACCUGCAGAGCCUGCAGAUGAAACGCUUCUGUGGCAAAGAGAGCAUGUUGAUUGAUCCAAUGUCUGAUCUUUAUGACAGAUCCUUCACUUCUUUGUUGUUUGCAUCAGCUGGUGUGGCAGUCAUUUGCUCUUAUAUUGGUGUGAUGGUAGCAGCCAGGUCAGCCUCCACAGACAAAGCUUCAGCACAUAAGGCUCGUAACACACUGUUGCUGCAUCUGGCACAGCUGGGCCUCAGUCUGUCCUCAACUAUAUACAACCCAAUACUUGUAGCUAUCUUCAAGGUCCUAGACAGGAUUAUAUUUGCACGUGUCCAGAUUGUACUUUAUUUGUUAAUAAUAAUUUUUCCAAGAUGUCUGAGUUGUCUUAUCUAUGGAAUCAGAGACCAGACCAUCAGACCCAUCCUCAUGUACAAUCUGUGCUGCCAGAGGACACGCUCAAUUUCUGUCUCAGUCAUUCCAGCCAAGGCAAAAAUCAGCACAUGCAUCACUUCAUGGACAAAUAUUAUUUUGAACAAAAUGUGUUAA